UUACAUAACCUUUCAAUGAACACAAUCAAAAUUAUUUAUUUCUGUUCGUGUGUUCCAAACUAACUCCGAGAAUGCGCGUCAUCUAUCUGUCAAAAAAUCCGUGGAAAUAUUGGACAAAGGUUUGGAAUCGCAGUUUACUUUGUUUACCACGUAAAAUGUCUGCAAAUACACCACCAGGGAAGAGUGAUGGGGAAGAGCCCAUCGAUACCAUCGGCCCUAGUGUCCCGCCAAAUCCAAUUGAGAAUCUUGGCGCUAGGCUUAGGGACCUGGACGUAGAUUCUAUUAGAAGAUACUUGGCACAGAAACUCGGCUUUUACGAGCCCUCUGAGCCGUCAGCUCCAAGUGAAAAAGUACUCGAUGAGGUUAACUUGGAUGGUAUUGUAAAAUGGAUUAAGAGUGAUAAAUGUAAGAAAAUUAUAACAUUAUCUGGUGCUGGCAUAUCAACUGCGGCUGGAAUUCCAGACUUUCGCAGUCCAGAGACUGGCUUAUAUCAUAAUUUACAGAAGUACAAUCUUCCGGAACCUCAAGCUAUAUUUGAAAUAAAUUUUUUCAGACAGAAUCCAAAACCAUUCUUUUGUUUAGCUAAAGAAAUGUACCCAGGAAAUUUUAAACCUACCAAAUCACAUUAUUUUAUUAAAUUGUUACAUGAAAAAGUGCACAAGCGCCCUGACUCCCCGCGGCCUCUGCCAACACGACCGGUCCAUCGCUCUCUCACUCAGUCUUUCGAAACAGUUCGUUCAAUCUCGACGGUAGCUCGGACCUUCGGCGAAACCUUCGGCUUCGGCCUAGUUUUGGGCCGAAGCCGAAGAUGGUUUUUUUGGCCGAAGGUGCCCGAUGCCGAAGCUUCGGUCGGUUUAUUGUUACGUCAUUAUACUCAAAACAUUGACACAUUAGAGAGGCGUGCAGACCUACCAGAUGAUAAGAUUGUUGAAGCGCAUGGUACCUUCUUUACAUCUCAUUGUUUAGAUUGCCGUAAAGAAUACACUCUAGACUUUGUUAAAGAACGUAUAUUUGCUGAUGAAAUUCCAAUCUGCACUGAGUGUCCAGGUGUGGUGAAGCCAGACAUUGUUUUCUUUGGUGAGAGCCUCCCAGAGCGUUUCCAACGCUGUCUACCAGAAGACUUCCAACAGUGUGACAUGCUCAUAAUCAUGGGCUCAUCUCUUGAAGUGCAGCCGUUUGCUUCACUUGUCGACAUGGUGCCGGACUGGUGUCCUCGCUUGCUAAUAAACCGCGAGAAGGCAGGUGUUCGGUCUCCUCUUCUCCGGUUGAUGGGUCUAGGAGGUGGCCUACAGUUUGAUGAAGAGAGCACGAGAGACGUUGCUCUCUUGGGGGACUGCGAUGAUGGGUGCCAGGUGCUAGCUGACAGGCUCGGCUGGGGGGAUGAACUUCGUGCUUUAGUAGCCCGUGAACACGAACGGCUGGAUAUGGAAGGUGGCGUGACAACACCGGGCACUAGUGUCUCUGAACCCAAACUGUAG